AUGUCCCUCAAAGAGAGUGUAUUCCGUCGAGCAUGGUCCAGUUUAUCGGUUACUGAUAAACUUCUUCCCGUUGCAAUAAUGUUGGCCAUUGUGCUAGGUGUUUUGCUCUCAGUUUUUGCACCAAGUUCCAGAAGAGCAUUUGAUGGGGCACAGGUUGUAGGUGUUUCCGUACCUUUAGCAAUAGGCCUUAUUAUCAUGAUGAUUCCCCCGUUAUGUAAAGUGGAAUGGGAGAUAUUUCACAGGUUGAUCAAACAAAAGAAAUACAUGAAACAUAUAAUAUUCUCGGUCAUUUUGAAUUGGAUCGUUUGCCCAUUUUUGAUGUUUGGCUUAGCCUGGCUGACAUUAUUUGACAAGCCUCAGUAUCGUGACGGAAUAAUUAUGAUUGGGCUGGCUAGAUGUAUUGCAAUGGUGCUAGUUUGGAAUCACAUUGCUGACGGUGAUGCAAAUUUGUGCGCCAUUUUGGUGCUACUGAACAGCAUUUUACAGAUCGUAUUGUAUGCACCCUAUCAAAUAUUGUUCUGUUAUGUCAUAACCGGUGAUUAUCACAAGAAUGCAUCUAACACUGUCUCUUAUUCAAUUGUAGCAAAAAGUGUUGCUUUCUUUUUGGGCGUACCAUUGGGUUUUGGACUAAUUAUUCGGAUGCUGGCUCUCCUAGCCUUUGGUAAAAAGAACUUUGAGAAAAAAAUCUUACCUGUUAUAUCUCCAUGGGCUUUCAUUGGAUUGAUAUAUACAAUUAUUGUGAUUUUCAUUGAAAGAGGAUAUUCUUUCAUUGAAGAUAUUUGUACGGGGCUUCGUUGUUUUGUUCCUUUGAUUCUUUAUUUUACAAUAACCUGGUUUGGUACGUUUUUCUUACUUAGAUGGUUGUUGGGACGAACUACACCUAAUUUAGAGGUUUUUGAAACUGGGAAUGGCGAAAAAGAAGCUUUACUUUGCGGAUGUGAGGAACAGGUCGCCAACGGAUCUAGGGAAGUGACCAGAGGUUGUUCUGCAAAUUAUUCUGAAAUAAUAACUCAAACUUUUACAGCAGCGUCAAACAAUUUUGAGUUGAGUAUAGCCAUUGCCAUAUCUAUAUAUGGAUCAGGCAGUGAUCAGUCUAUUGCGGCAACAUUUGGACCUUUGUUGGAGGUGCCAAUUUUGUUAGCUCUUUGCUUUGUAGCUCAACUGUUCAAAUUCAGAUUUGAAUGGAGUGACGUUCACACCAGUGCAGACUGA